AUGGACCUCAAAGCAGAGUCUGAAGACCAAGAUGUAGAAGAAGAGGUGGAAGUCAUCAAGAAUUAUUUGGAAACAUUGUGCAAGACAAAUCCAUUAGUUGUUAAAGAAGUGACAAAGGUCUAUGAUGUAAAGGUUCCCCUGCUAGCUGUGAACAAAGUAUCCUUUACCGUUCAAGCUAAAGAAUGCUUUGGCCUUGUUGGCCUCAAUGGAGCUGGAAAGACUUCCAUUUUCAAAAUUCUGACAGGACAGAAGCCCGCCACUUCUGGGGAUGCCUUUGUCAAGAGCCUCAACAUCAGCUCUGAACUAGGGAAGUUGCAAUUGAUCCACUGUAGAUGUGCCAAAUGUUUCUCUUACCCUACUAAGCGAAGAAUCAGAAGGAGACCCCGAAACCUAACUAUCUUGAAUCUCCCGGAAGAUGUGCUCUUUCACAUCCUGAAAUGGCUUUCUGUUGAGGACAUCCUUGCUGUCCGAGCUGUACAUUCCCACUUGAAGUAUCUGGUAGACAACCAUGCAAGCGUGUGGGCCUGUGCCAAUUUCCAGGAACUGUGGCCUUCUCCAAAGAACCUGAAGCUCUUUGAAAGGGCUGCUGAAAAGGGAAAUUUUGAAGCUGCGGUGAAGCUGGGUAUAGCCUACCUCUACAAUGAAGGCCUUUCCGUGUCUGAUGAAGCCCGUGCAGAAGUGAAUGGCCUGAAGGCCUCUCACUUCUUCAGUUUGGCAGAGCGACUGAAUGUGGGUGCCGAGCCCUUCAUCUGGCUCUUCAUCCGCCCGCCAUGGUCGGUGUCUGGAAGCUGUUGCAAGGCCGUGGUUCAUGAGAGCCUUAGGGCAGAGUGCCAGUUACAGAAUACUCAUAAAGCAUCCAUACUUCACUGUUUGGGAAGAGUGCUAAAUCUUUUUGAGGAUGAAGAGAAGAAGAAGCAGGCCCGCCAGUUGUUUGAAGAGUCUGCUCACGAGGGUUGUCUGGCCAGUUCAUACCUCCUCUGGGAAAGUGACAGAAGAACGGAUGUGUCAGAUCCUGGACGAUGCCUCCACAGCUUCCGGAAACUCAGGGACUUUGCUACAAAAGGCUACUGGGAAGCCCAGCUGGCCCUAGCCAAAGCCUGUGCAAAUGGAAACCAGCUCGGACUGGAAGGGAAAGCCUGCAGAGAGGUCGUCUGGCAGCUGUUCCAGUCCUCCCAAGUUGUCAGUAAGCAGCAGAUCUUCUCUGUGCAGGAGGGGCUCAAUGACACAAUGAGGUACAUUCUGAUAGAUUGGCUGGUGGAAGUGGCCACAAUGAAAGACUUCUCCAGCCUGUGCCUACACUUGACGGUGGAGUGUGUGGACCGGUACCUGCGGAGGAGGCUGGUGCCCCGGUUCAAGCUGCAGCUGCUGGGCAUUGCCUGCAUGGUCAUCUGUACCCGGUUCAUCAGUAAAGAGAUCCUGACCAUCCGAGAGGCCGUGUGGCUCACAGACAACACAUACAAGUACGAAGACCUGGUGAGAAUGAUGGGAGAAAUCAUGUCCACCCUGGAAGGGAAGAUUCGAAUCCCCACCGUGGUGGAUUACAAAGACGUCCUGCUGACACUGAUCCCUGUGGCGCCCAGAACGCAGCACCUGUGCAGCUUCCUCUGCGAGCUGUCCCUGCUGCACACCAGCCUCUCCGUGUACGCCCCAGCCCACCUGGCCUGCGCAGCGCUGGUCCUCGCCAGAGCCAUACACAGGCAGACACAGCCCUGGACCCCGCGCUUGUGGGACCUCACUGGCUUCUCCUUGGAAGACCUCACUCCCUGCGUCUUCAGUCUUCACAAAAAAUGCUUCCACGAUGAUGUCCCUAAGGACUACCGGCAGGUGUCUCUGACAGCUGUGAAGCAGCGAUUUGAGGACAGACGCUACGAAGAAAUCAGCCAGGAUGAGGCGCUGAGCUAUGGCCAGUUGUGUGCUGUGUUGGGCGUGAAACGAGAGACCCCGGAGCCCCUGACUUUCCUCGGUGCUGAGGAGAUCCACACCUUCCUCAGCUCUCCUUCGGGAAGGAGAACCAAACGGAAGCGGGAGAACAGCGUGCAGGAGGACAGGGGCAGCUUCGUGACCACCCCCACCGCAGAGCUGUCCAGCCAGGAGGAGACCCUGCUGGGCAGCUUCCUGGACUGGAGCUUGGACUGCUGCUCCGGCUACGAGGGUGACCAGGAAAGUGAGGGCGAGAAGGAAGGUGACGUGACAGCUCCCAGCGGCAUCCUCGAUGUCACCGUGGUCUACCUGAACCCAGAUGAGCAUUGCUGCCAGGAAUCCAGCGACGACGAGGCCUGCCCAGAGGAUGGGGGACGCCAGGGGCCAGCCACCCACAGACCAAUCCCAGGGCCCAGGCCCCUUGUCUGCAACAGGAGGGAGCUGGGCAAAGACAUCACAAGCUCAGGGUACUCCUCCAUCAGCAGCACGAGCCCCACAAACUCUGUGGACGGCAGUGCGGGGGGCGCUCCUGGAUCUACCUCACCGCCGUCCCCAGGCAGCGAGCCCAGCACACAGCCUUGCCAUCAUCAGGCCAAGAAGUCAUGUUUACAGUGUCGGCCCCCCAGCCCCCUGGAGAGCAGGGCUCCCCAGCCACAGGUCAAGCGGCAAAACCUCUCCGUCCACAGUGAUGAGGACGCAAUGUUGGGCUUCCGGAAGCUAUGAGCGUGUGUCAGCGGGUGCCGUGUGAAUGUUUACAGGGAAGGGUUGAUGUCCUGGAGGAGGAAUGGGCAUUGAAGGUGGGUGCUCGGUGGCCUUCGCCCGAAACUCCCAAGUGCUAACUCCUGGAUACCAAGUUUCUUUGUCCAAGGAGCCUCAUCUGAGCCAUGGGAACAUCAGAUUCCGUGAAAAACUUAGCUGCUUCUCCUUGGAGAGUCUAGCCACAAAGCCAACAUGCUACAACACGUGAAGCCCAUGUCUCUGUACCCUCUUGUGUCCUGCUGUCUCUGGAAACCUCAGCUUGUGUGUGUUGUAGUCUUUCCAGCCCUUCCUCAACCCAUGCCAGAAACCAACAGCUUGCACACUCUGAGUCUGUAGCCAGAGUGUGCUGGCACAGCUCGAGCCUCUGCUAGAAAGCUGCCUGCUUGCGGGCACCAGCAAGCAGCUCUCCGCACACCUGUCCCCUCGCUGCCCUCCCACUGCAUGCAGCAUUCCCUUCCCUACAGGCUGCAAGUGUGGUGACCCAGAACUGGGGCCACAGGCUCCCUCCCUCUGGUAUGUUUGUCUCAUCUUAGAAAUCUGUUUCCUUCCAGAACGGGUUGUCUGUCCCCAUGAUAUCCAUGUGAACAUCUCUGCACUGAAUUUCUGGGCCAUUCUUUCUCAUCUGGAUUUCUUCCUCCUUUCAAGAUGAAAACAAAAGUAACAUUUGAAACAGAGGGUAUUGAAUAAAAAGAGAAUAGACUUCCGGCAUUAUUUAUGCACAGCUGAAAAAGAAAUCUGAUGUCAGCCAGUUGGUUCUAUCCUGGCAGUGUGCAAAACAAUUUUCCCAGAGGGAUGACCAGGAAAAAGUCAUUUGUCAAAACUGAGGUGACCAAGAUGAAGAGCAGAGAAGUCUGAUCACUGGAGUUGCCUCUUUCCCAUCAGAAGAGGGCAUAUCCUGCUCCUCGGUCUAACUCAUUUCAGAAGUGAUAGGCCUUAG